CACUACAUUCGUAGCUUAAACGCAGAACAGUCAAUUUAGAUACACGCCUAGUUUUAAGACUGUUUUAUUUAUAAAUCGGUGGUUUUCAACUUAUUUUCCGCGUCAGUUCAAUUUACUUGUGUUUACACUUUUUAAACUACCAGGAAGGAAGCAUGGCUGACAAGUCAGUAAAAGAAAAUAGAAUCUUAAUUGCUAUGGACGGAAGUAAAUAUUGCAAUUAUGCUUUUGAUUGGUAUUUGGAGAAUGUGAAGAAACCUUCUGACUAUGUUAUAUUGGUUCACUGUGUGGAGAUGAACAGCUUAGCUUCCAUGCCUGGAGAUAUCGGAGCAUCUGGGUUGCUUAUGAAAAGUAUAGAAAAAGAAAGGGAAUCCUGCGAUAAAUAUCUCCGUGAACUUACAGACCGUAUGAAAGCCGCCGAACUUCACGGCAAAGUUAAGCGUACAAGUGGACCAGCUAGAUCUGAAAUACUUCGUGUUGCAGAAGAUGAGAAAGUGGACAUGAUAAUUACAGGAACACGUGGUAUGGGUACUGUAAGACGCACGUUGCUAGGUAGCGUUAGUGAUCACGUGCUUCAUCAUUCUCACGUGCCAGUGAUCAUCUGUAAACAUAAAGAUCCUGAUCAUCAGCAAGAAAAGCAGCAAGGCUCAAAGAAAUAAUGUGAUAUUAUAUCUGUAGAAUUAGUAUUAUAAUUGAUUUUAACUUCUCUUCUGCAAUAUUGAUUGUUAAAUCAUGCACAUGUCUCUCGUUGUCAUUCAAUUAUUGUAGGACACAAACAGACUGUAAAACAUUUAAUGCAUUAUAAAAUCAUAUAAAAUAUGCGAAGACUUCUUCCAAUAUCCUUUCUCCAUGAUGAAGAACGCUGUUAUAAUUUAUAACCUUGUGAACUAUAUAUGUACAUACACAUUAUAUCGUUAUAUAUACGAGUAUAAAGUGCAAUACUGUAGUUAUAUCAUUGAAGUUGAGGAUUGUACGAUUAUUCAUUUAUUCCUGUGCAGGGAAAAUGAACGUGACGAGCCUGCGACUGUCACAUUAACUCAUUAUUGUAUAUAUCCUAAUCAUUUUCAAGUUAGUGCCUAUGAAUUUACUUACCAAAGUGUUUAUCAUAAUUUUUAAACCGACUCUGUUUCAUGUAUAAAUGUGGUUUUGAUACGUCAAUAUAGGUAUGUCUUGGUGUGUAAUUACAGAAAAAAGGUUGUCAGCGAUUGUUUAAAUACUAUACAGUGAAUAUAUGUUUAAUGCAUUGGCCUUUACAUUGCAUAUCAUUUUUUGUGAACUUUGAAAUUGUAAUUAAAUUAUUCUAUAUAACUCUUUAAA